AUGCCCACCGCUGUUCGCGCGGUGUACCCCAUCGAACCGUUCCCGUCAAACCUCGAGACCCACCCAUUGCUCGUGAUCGACUACACCAAGAUCGCCUCCCGAGACCAGGCCGAGAUCGAGCAAUUGUACAAGGCGUGCACCUCGAUCGGAUUCUUCUACCUCAAGAACCACGGCGUCGACCCUGAGCCCAUGUUCGCCGUCGGGGAGGACACCUUUGACCUUCCCCUCGACUACCUCGACCAGUUCGAGCAAGGAAAUGCGGGCAUGAGUGCCGGCUUCAAACGUGCGGGCGCGGUCAAUGUCGAUGCAAAGGGCAACACUGAUACGGGUCAGUACUGCCAGAUCAUCGUUCAACGUUCAACGUUCAACGUUCAGCUGCGAGCUUUUUCCUGCACAAGCCUACGCUUGAGCUCGAGAGGAGCCCCUGCUUGAAGCGCCCGAACAAAUUCCCAGGAUGAGGAGUCUUUUUCGUUCACACGGCUUCAAAGCACCGGCUUAAUCGCACGCUACUAACCGUCGGUCCGGUUCAUGCAUCCCAUGUCCACCAGUCAUGUUCAUGAACAUCAACAAACACGACGCGCUCAAUUACCCCGACGUGUACCAACGCACGUACCCCUCCACCUGCGUCGACAACAUGGCAACCAUCCGCAGCUUCGUCCGUCAAGCCGAUAGCGUGCUCAAGGAUGUGAUGAAGGCCCUUGAGAGCUCGCUUGAGUUGCCGGAAGGUACCUUUGAUAAACUUCAUACCGAUAAGGAGGUUAGUGGGAGCGAGGCCAGGGUGAUUAAGAAGGCCGUUCCGGGGGAGCAGGGGUACCGUGCUGAAGGGGUCGGGGAGAAUAACGAGCCGGCGGCUGCGAUCGGUCAGUACCAAUCAAUCACUUGGCGCAUUCAAAAGCUUGGUUCCUGAUGGUGUCUCGACUCGUUUGCUCCCAGGUGCCCACACCGACUUUGGCUCCUGUGAGUAUCUCACUCUUUGGUCGGCGCGACCCAAGCGCCAACUCGUGACUCGAGUUGCUGCCUCGCAGUGUCGAUGCUCCACGGCCGAGGAACUGGUGGACUUCAAGUCUUGACACCUGGCUCGAGCAAGUGGGUCCAUAUCAAAGUGAGUGGAGACUCAAGGUUCAUUGUCGAUGUCGUUUGGGUCGCCGGCAGCUGACAACGGCCUAGUUCGCAAUCUCUUCGGUAAUGAUAGCCCCUCGCCGGCCACGCCGUUGUCAACGUCGGCGAUACCUUGUCGGUCUACACUGGCGGUAUCUUGUGAGACGAAUCCUUUUACAUUCGUUCAUCAACACCAUUGAAUUGUGCUCAUAUUCCAAUCCUUCCUCCCCACUAGCCGCUCCAAUAUCCAUCGCGUGAUCCCCCCACCCCCACCCCAAGACAAAUACACGCGCUGGUCGCUCGUUUACUUCAUUCGCCCGACCUUCGAAGCGGCCCUGUUCCCCCUCUCGGACCUUUCACCCAAGAUCGCCCGAGCUGCAGCGGAGAACCCGAUCAUGAAGGCGAUUGAACCGGGUCAGACGGCGGGGUCGUGGUUCAAGAGGAGGAUUACGAACCAGAGGGCGGAGAAUAGGAAGGGGCCUGAGACGUGGACGCAGAGUCGUGGGACGGAACGUGAGUACCAAAGUGAUGGUCAUAGAUCUUCCCGCAAUCUGAUGUUGGUGGCUGUUCUUUGCCCACAGACACUCCCACUGCUGCCUGA